AUGACUUGCUUUUGGAAUUUAGAAACAGUGAAGGCAGAAAACAGAAUAGAAGAAGUAAAGAAAAUUUCCUUGGCUUCAGAAAGACACGGACCAAUUUGUAGAAAACUCUUCAACAAAAAACGUAAACCUUUCAAUUCCUUAAAACAAAGAUUGCAGGGCACUGACAUUCCCACUGUGGGGAAGGAGCCUCAGUCCAAGCCACAACCCGUGAGAAAAUCUAACUGGAGACAACAUCAUGAAGACUUCAUUAAUGCGAUGCAGUCAGCAAAGCAGUGUACACUAGCCAUUAAAGAAGGCCGGCCUCUCCCACCUCCACCCCCUCCGACCGUCAACCCAGAUUAUAUUCAGUGUCCAUAUUGUAAGAGGAGAUUUAAUGAAACCGCAGCCAGUCGACAUAUUAAUUUCUGCAAGGAUCGAGAGUCUCGCCAAGUCUUUGAUCCAGCCCAGACAGCAGCCAGAUUGGCAUCCAGAGCACAGGGUAGAGCGCAAAUGAGUCCAAAAAAGGAACUGACUGUAACCAGUGCUGUGGGAGCUCUGCUACAGAACAGGGCCCUGGAGGCCAGUGCAGCGCCAACCAGGCCAGGAUCAGCAGUGGACCCUGCUUCUGGAGCAAAACUCAGACAAGGAUUUACUAAAUCUUCUAAAAAAGAUUAACUCCUAGAGGUCAGCCUGGCUCCCUAACCGUCUUCACACCUGGAUGGUCAUACCCAGGAACUCCACCUAAGGUGAGGGAAC